AUGUCCACAAAACAUGACGCGCAACAGUUGUUACCUAGUGACACAUUUAUUCACCACCCGCCUGACGAGAUCGGGCCGAUGUUACCUGACGAGGGCAUGCAGGUGUCCACCGUCAUCGCCGGUCUCAUGCCGGACUCUUUGGGAGAGAUGUUCAACUUCCUCGACGGAGACAGCUUUGGUAUAGGUCCAAUGCAUGAGUUCGUGUAUGGCUGGCAAGCCAUAGUGAAUACUAUGAGUAUGAAGAACAACGUCGAAGUUCGCAAAAGAGCUGGUCUACAGCGCUUUGCCCUAGCCGGGAUCAACGGCAUAACUCUCGUUUCGCACAUUGGUGUCACUGAGAUCAUGAUAAACGGCACCAGGACCUACUGCUUUGGUGGAGUGUCCAGACCCCCCGGCAGAAGGAGCGUUAUUUGUAAGGGUGCAAUGUACCAAGAAGGCAGGUUUACUUGCAAGGUACCCUAUUUGAGGUACCCCACGGUACUGGGAUACAGGUACUGCAUCGAUAAAUACGCCGCCGUGAAUACUGUUGAUGGAACUUAUAAAAAAACAUAUUGUGCAAGAGGAGAAUCGGUUCCGAAGUUCCACUACGACUACAUCUGUGAAAGAAGAGACAUCAAGAUCAAACGCGUUAACUUGACGGACCCUAACGAGAGGUUCAACAUACGGAACCCGGUCGUCAGAAGAGCUGAGUACUACAGAGCACCGUACGACAUUCUAAAAGCGUGUCCAGAUUGGUAUGGCUGCAACCUCCGCAUUUCUCCUGAGAUGCUUCAUCAGGAGCUGCCAGCUGCUCUGAUGGAUGCCAACGAGACGGCGUUUGUUGGACACGGCGGGAAGUAUUGGCUAUCACUCUACUACACCCAGUUGUCCACAUACGCAAUAUACUUCCAAGCGCACGGCGAGUACCCGUGGCAGUCCAAUCGGCCUAUUUUGUCAAUAGAUAAAGGUGGUAUCUGGGAGCAACUGCUAAAAGCUAACAUUGGACCGGACAUGAAUCUUCAUUACAACCUGAAUGGUAUUUACAAUCGUUACCCAGGAGGUUCCGUAUUUCCCGAUCUUAUGAGGAAUGAUGGCCAGGUACAACCAGCCAACUUUAGAUCUGAUAGUAGGGAUGGUGCGCCCGAAGAUUUGAUCGUAGGGAACUCUCACCUCUCUGCCGAUGGUGCUGGAGGCGAGCCCAAUAUCGGAGGAUAUAAAUUCUUGCACGAUUCUCAGAUCCAAGCCAACUUUGAACAUGGAAAGAAUUUAUAAUUAUGUUGUGCUAUUAAAGGAUAUUAUUACUGAGGUUUCA